AUGGCCCACUCAACGCGCUUCGCUGUUCUCGCAGUCGCCGCGCUCCUCCUCGCGCUGCUCCCCGAGCGGCAUGCGGCGCCCGCAGCCGCCGAUCUCUGCGCGCUCUCGGGCCUUCCGCCGAAGAAGCCCGUCGUUCCGCCGCACCGAUGCCCCGCGGCGGCGGAGCUGUCAUGCUGCGCGGACUGCGCGGACACGAAUCGCGCGCUGCAGCUCGUGUCGUCGACCCUCGACGAUGUCGCGCAACGGAUCGACCCCAAUAUCCCCUGCAGCGGCAUAAUAGAUCUCACCCCUAUGGGUUGCAACCCCCCCUCCCUCCCCCCACCCUCCUCCCAAUCUCCCCCCCUCCCCACCUCCCCCCCAAUCUCCUCCUCCCUCCCUCGCUCCACCCACCCAGCCCUCUCCCACCCCCCUCUUUCCCCCCAUUCGGCACUUUCCUCCGCGUCCCGUCAGGUGUGCGACGCGUUUCAGCCGUACCCCCAGUGCAUGCUCAUGAUUGAAAAGAUAAUCUGCGGCGCCACGUGCAACCCAGGCGAGUGUUGCUUCAUCGCAUCGCGGUUAAUGAGAUAUUCAGGAACCUACGUAGUGAAGAAGGGGGGAGAGAUCAGUAUGACUGUCUGCCAGGAAUUCGCGAAUGCCGCCUACAAAGCAUGCAAGGACAUCGAAA